GAUGGAUUCCCUGGUGGAUGGGAACCACACUGCAGUGACAGAGUUCAUUCUACUGGGCUUAACACAUGAUCCAGUCCUUCGAGUCAUCCUCUUCCUCAUCAUCCUGUGCAUCUAUCUGGUGACGGUAUCUGGCAAUCUUUGCACAAUUCUCCUUAUCAGACUUUCUUCUCUGGUCAACCAUCCCAUGUACUUUUUUCUCAGCCAUUUAGCCUUUGCUGACAUAGCCUUGUCAACUUCAGUCACACCCAACAUGCUUGUUAACUUCCUAAUGGACAAAAAUGCCAUCUCUUUGCAUGGAUGUGCCUUCCAGCUUGGCUCAGUUGCUGUCUUUGGGGCAACUGACUGUCUCCUUCUGGCUGCCAUGGCUUAUGAUCGCUUCAUGGCCAUCUGUAACCCCCUGCUGUAUUCAACCAAAAUGUCCUCCCAAGUCUGUGUCCAGUUAAUCAUGGUGGCUUAUGCAGGUGGUUUUCUCAAUGGCUGCACUUUUACUACAUGUGUCUAUGUUUUACCUUUCUGUGGACCCAAUAGGGUCAAUCAUUUCUUCUGUGACUUUGCUCCUUUAGUUGAAUUGUCCUGUUCUGAUGUCAGUAUCAUCACAGUUGUUGCCUCAAGUUCCGCUGGCUCAUCAAUUAUGUUCACAGCGAUUGUCAUAGCCAUCUCCUACAUCUAUAUCCUCACCACCAUCCUGAAGAUGCGCUCCACUGAGGGCCGCCACAAGGCCUUCUCCACCUGCACCUCCCACCUCAGUGCAGUCACUUUGUACUACGGGACCAUUACAUUCAUUUAUGUGUUGCCCAAGUCCAUGUACUCCACUGACCAGAACAAGGUGAUAUCUGUGUUCUACAUGGUAGUGAUCCCCAUGUUGAACCCCCUGAUCUACAGUCUCAGGAACAAGGAUAUUAAGGAAGCACUGAAAAGACAGAUGAGUAGGAAAAUAUUUUCUUAG